CGGCCCGGGGGGGCUGCACGCCGGCAUGGAGCUCAGCGGAGCUGCCACCCUCGUCCUGGCCGCCUGCCUCGCCUACCUCUUCUUCCUCUCGCUCUGGAGGAAGAAGGGCGGCCUGGGCAAGCUGCCCCCGGGCCCCAUGCCGCUGCCGCUCCUCGGGAACCUCCUCCAGAUUUCCCCCUCCCAGACCAUGAAAUCCCUGGAAAAGCUGCGCAGCCGCUACGGCCCCGUGUUCACCGUCUACUUCGGGCCCAAACCCGUGGUGGUGCUCUGCGGCCACGCCGCCGUCAAGGAGGCCCUGGUGGACCAGGCCGAGGCCUUCGCCGGCCGAGCCCAGAUGCCGACGCUCGACUGGACUUUCCGGGGCCACGGGGUGGUCUUUGCCAACGGGGAGCGCUGGAAGCAGCUGCGGCGCUUCUCCCUCACCGUCCUGCGCAACUUCGGCAUGGGCAAGCGCAGCAUCGAGGCGCGCAUCCGGGAGGAGGCCCAGUUCCUGCUGCAGGCCCUGCGCGACACCCGAGAGCAGCCCUUCGACCCCACGUACUUCCUGAGCCGCUCCGUCUCCAACGUCAUCUGCUCCGUCGUCUUCGGGAGCCGCUUCGACUACGCGGACGCAGAUUUCCUGGCGCUGCUGCAGAUGAUGAACGAGAGCUUCCGCGAGCUGAGCACGCCCUGGUCGCAGUUCUACGACAUGAACGGGAGCCUCCUCAAGUACCUCCCCGGCCCCCACAUGAAGAUCUACCGGCUGCUGCAGCGCAUGCGGCAGUUCAUCGCCCGGCGGGUGCAGCAGAACAUGGAGACCUUCGACCCCGGCUUCCCGCGGGACUUCAUCGACUCCUUCCUCGUCCAGAUGCAGAAGGAAAAAGACAACCCGGCCUCGGAGUUCAACAUGGAGAACCUGGAGCUGACCACGCUCAACCUGUUCUUCGCGGGGACGGAGACGGUGAGCUCCACGCUGCGCUACGGCUUCCUGCUGCUCAUGAAGCACCCGGAGGUGCAAGAGAGGCUGCACGAGGAGAUCGGGCGGGUGAUCGGCCGCGAGCGCCCGCCCUGCAUCGAGGACCGCAGCCGCAUGCCCUACACCGACGCCGUCAUCCACGAGGUGCAGCGGGUCAGCGACCUGCUGCCCAUGAACGUGCCGCACGCCGUCACCCGCGACACGCUCUACCGCGGCUACGUCAUCCCCAAGGACACGGAGGUGUACCCGCUGCUGAGCACGGUGCUGCACGACCCCGCCAUGUACAAGCACCCGCAGCGCUUCGACCCCGACAACUUCCUGGACGCCGCCGGCGCCUUCAAGAAGAACGAGGCCUUCGUGCCCUUCUCCUCAGGGAAGCGCAUCUGCCUGGGGGAGGCCCUGGCGCGCAUGGAGCUCUUCCUCUUCCUCACCACCGUCCUGCAGAGCUUCCGGCUGGAGCCGCUGCUGCCGCCGGCCGAGCUCGACACCACCCCGCUCGAGAGCGGCUUCGGCAACAUCCCGCCGCUCUACCGGCUCCGCGCCGUGCCCUGCUGAGCCGGGGCCGCGCCGCC